UCUCCCCUUUCUUCCUCUCUUCCUACUAGCCAUACAGCUACACGCACACCCCGACGCCUCCCCUUUCUACCCUUUCUCCUCUCCCCCAACUAGGACUAGCUGCUGCUGUGGUUAUUACAACCAACAUUCGUCCGGUAACUGUUCAGCGACGAAGGUAACAACAUCUACGCAUUCGGAGGACGUCGGCGACAAUGUGGCGACGUGUCGUGACGUUUUACGUCGUCGUCGUCGUCAUAGCAACGUGUUGUGCGUCGUCCGAGUUUGAUCAUCAGCCCCCAGCGGCAGUCGACACUAAUGAUUUUAAAGAUGGCUGCCACGCUCCAGUCCACCAAUGUCCAGGCACCUCGCUGUGUCUGCCCCUACCCUGGGUGUGCGACGGCGACCCGGACUGCCCCGAUGGCUCCGAUGAACUGGACUGCCGCGCGCCGGGCUAUCAGGCUCCGCCGGCAGAGUGCGCUGUCGAUGAGUUCCGCUGCGGAGGUCACCCACGAGCGAGGUGCGUGAAACUGACCAGGAAGUGCGACGGCCGACCCGACUGCAUGGAUGCGGCAGACGAGACGGAAGUGACGUGUCCGUGGGAGUGCCCGGAUGGAGACUUCCGCUGCGAGACGGGCGUUAGUACCCUGCUUCUCGGCGCUCGCUGCAUCCCUGAGAGACUACGCUGCGAUGGGCGCGCCCACUGCGACGAUGCGAGCGACGAGAGCUGCUGCCAAGUACAGGUCGGGAUGCUGUGGGUGGCUUGUCCCGAUCACCCCCGCCUCAAGGAGCCACAGUUUCGCUGCAAGGAGACUGGUCACUGCAUACCGGCUCGUCUGGCCUGUGACGGACUCAGCGACUGUCCGAACUUUAACCUCGUCGGCCCCGCUUCGGACGAAAUCGACUGUCCAGCGCCCCCUGACCCGCGUUUAGGUGUGGAACAGAGGUCGCCACCGCCGCUAGAAGCGAUCCAGAGGGCGCUGGUUGUGGACGUUGGAAAUCGUCUGCUGAACCGAUCGUCUGUGUUUUACUACGACGCUUCGCGCACGAACUUCCCUCGUGUGGCCAUGGACAGGUUUUUCGCGCGUGACCCCUAUCUCGUCAUUGACCUCAUGGCGUUAUACCGCGCGCUGACGCAGACGCGCGAUGACGUCAUCAACAGCGCGAGCGGGAGAAACUUUCAGAAGCUGGCGGCGGUGAUGGCUAGCCUGGAGAAUGUGACAUGGAACGCUAGCAAGGGCGAUGAGCAUGAUGCGUUCCUACUCGUUGGUGGAAACGAACAAGUGAGCAGCAUCGUUGCUGACGUCGGCAGGACCCUCCACGAGCUACGGCAACAUAUGAACAGCUACAGGCAGUUCUCCGCGGCCCGCAACCCGAUCAUGGACGGGCGACAGUGGCGCCGCUCGCGGCGGACGCAGACUGUCCGGUCAGGCGCGAUGGACCGCAGCCGAAGAACGCAGGGGACGCGGACCCGGACAACGAGAAUAUCCGGGCAGACAUCCGGCCGUACAUCCGGCCGGACAUCCGGGCGGAAAUCCGGUCUAAUAUCCAAACGGUCAUUGUAGUCAACGGUAUUGUAUUUGACUUACCAAGUUGCAAUUAAACUCAAAAUUGUUAUACCGAUGACAACUAUUAGAGGACUUACGACCACAUCGAGUAGAUAAUUAUCCAAGAAAUGCUACUGCUGAUGAAAAAACACACUUUUAAUAUAAGCGUAACAGUAGCGUAACAAAUUCGUGUAAAAUGAAGCACACGUGCAUGGAACGUCAUAAUUUUACGCCGAAAACUUUAAAAGCAUUUGGCUGCUCAUGUGCGCGUCAGCGACACGUAUAUUCGUCUAAAAACCACCACAACACCUUUUUGUUGCUUGAUCUUGAUCGUGUUAUCUUGCUCCUCUGGUUCCGUUGGUUUAGCAGCAAUACGUUACACAGAGUGAUGGAAACUACGUCCGUCCCAAAUACGACCGUCUAUGCGAAAAUUUCAAUGUGCACAUUUAUAUACAAACAUCGUGCCAAUAAAUACUGUGAAAUUCGCAAUAAAAAACCCUCGUUCGUUGAGUAUAUCACCAGUAUCGUCAUCAUCAUCAUCAUCAUCAUCAUCAUCCUCAUCAUCACAAAUAACGGUCAACUUUUGCCUUCUUAUCUCAAUCUGAACGAUUAAUAAUACAGCACACAGUUGAAAUCAGUUGGAUCACACAUCACCUUUAGAACACUAGGUAUAUUUUAGUCCGUAUUCGUUCGUGUACGAUUUCGUUUGCAAUAGCUCUAACCAUAGGACCAACCGUAGAUAUCUAUAGGUCCAACUAACAAGGUACCGAUGGGAAAAUGUAAUAUUACGUUGCAUCGGAGUAUUGGUUGACGUGUUAUUAAUCACAAUAACUUUAUUGACAUUAUUAUAAUAAUAUUUGUAAGCAUUAACGUAUUAUUAACGUUAUGUGUAGUCUUAAAUUUAUUCUGCAAGUGGUAUGGUGUCUAGGCAGUGAGUGAGUGCUUCAUGGGUCAACGUUAGCAGAAGUGCAUAAAGGUGUGCCUCGUUUUAUAAUAAUAGUCUAUAAAUUAUAGCCCCACAUUUAUACCGCGAAACAUUUCACUGGCGACAUCUAGUAAAUAAAAUGUUUCUCCGGCCACAUGCAGGGAUGCUCUUGCUCUUGUUUCAAUCGCGAAAUAGCUGUAGCACUAUGCGUUAGAUGUCAUUUAAUCAUGUCCCAAUCAAACUUCAAUCACAAUCAUUAAAUCAAUCAAUUAUGUCACAGUUCCCUGCCUAUAUGAUAACGCGUUCCGUCUCGUUCUCUCAUCUCUGUUUCUUGCUCAUAUCAUUUACAGCAUAUCUCGACAUCCCUAGACAUCAAAGGAAGCGCUCAACGCACAUUAGCCAAUCCGUUAGUCGGCAACGUCUCCUCCACCAUAGCCAUAUCCUGACUCACUCUAUAAGAUUAAUCGUAACUACUUCAGUAGAAAAUUUAAUAGAUUCAAGCAUGAUUAAGCAGAUACGUGGAUAUAAUCAAAUCGGCCAAAAUGUACGGCAAAUGUAUACAAAUAUGCACCUAAGGUCACCCGAUGUCAUGCGAUCCCACUUACAUGGUAGCCGCACUCAUAUUUUACACCAACCCUUUAAACUCCCCUCUCUACCCAACUCACCACUUCAACCACUCCACCAAAACUGAGUCGAUCCAAGCUGCCACCACCGCACCCAACCCAUAUCGGUACUCAUUACCCUACUCAGCUCCAAAACCUAGUGAAAUCUACCCCGGAUCCUGUCUCCGAUGUACAGAGGCGACCUCAUCUUAACCAUAUA